AUGGCUGAUCGUCUGGUAAUCACUCGCAUCGAAAUGGCUUCUCUAUCAACGGCCGCCGCCGUCACCACCGCCGCCGCCGCCUCUCGCUUCCUCCCGGCCGCCGCCUCCGCCAGAAUCUCGCAUCGUUCAUCUCUCGCUCUCAGCUCCGCCUCCGUCAGAUCGUCUACUCCCCUCACUCGCCUCUUUCUUCACCAGAAAAGCGCUGUGCGAGGGUUUUCGAGCCGGAGAAUUGGUUAUUCGACAGCGGCGGCUCCGAGGUGCGCGGCGUCGGUCCCCGAGCAGCUGAAGAGUGCGCGCGAGGAUAUCAAGGAGUUGCUUAAGACUACCUUCUGUCAUCCUAUUAUGGUUCGACUGGGUUGGCAUGAUGCCGGGACGUAUAACAAGAAUAUUGAGGAGUGGCCACAGAGGGGAGGUGCUAAUGGAAGUUUAAGAUUUGAAAUAGAACUGAACCAUGGAGCAAAUGCUGGGCUUGUCAAUGCUCUGAAACUUCUUCAGCCCAUCAAGGAGAAGUAUUCUAGUGUGACGUAUGCAGAUUUAUUUCAAUUGGCUAGUGCUACAGCUAUUGAGGAAGCUGGGGGAGCCAAAAUCCCUAUGAAGUAUGGGAGAGUAGACGUAACUGGACCUGAACAAUGCCCAGAAGAGGGAAGGCUACCAAAUGCUGGCCCUCCUUCACCUGCUGCUCAUUUGCGCGAUGUCUUUUACCGUAUGGGACUGAAUGAUAAGGAAAUAGUUGCUCUUUCUGGUGCACACACUCUUGGAAGGGCAAGGCCUGAUCGUAGUGGAUGGGGAAAGCCCGAGACUAAGUACACGAAAGAUGGACCAGGAGCCCCUGGAGGACAAUCAUGGACAGUGCAGUGGCUAAAAUUCGAUAAUUCAUACUUUAAGGACAUCAAAGAAAGAAGAGAUGAAGACCUGCUAGUUUUGCCUACAGAUGCUGUUCUGUUCGAAGAUCCUUCGUUCAAGGAGUAUGCAGAGAAAUAUGCUGUUGACCAGGAUGCGUUUCUCAAGGAUUAUGCUGAAGCUCAUGCUAAGCUCAGCAAUCUUGGAGCUAAGUUUGACCCGCCAGAGGGUUUCUCAUUAGAUGAAAGUAGCCCAGCUGCUCAGCCAGAGAAAUUUGUGGCAGCUAAGUACUCAACGGGAAAGGACUAA